CUUAUCAGUGGCCCCUCCCACUAACCCGCCAAGAAAAUCUUGAAAUUCGUUUGACCUGUGCUGAAGUAGUUGCUGAGGGAGUGGUAUAUAAAAUGGCGCUGUUCAAGGUGUUAACGCUAUUAUUUUGCGGAGCUUUUAUUACGAUCUAUGGUUCAGGCUGUGAUCCCAAUCCUUGUAAGAAUGAAGGGACCUGCACUCUUGUAAAUGGUGAUGCCCAAUGCAACUGUGCUCAUGGGCUUAAAGGAGCAACAUGUGAAGAUAUAAAAGUGGAAGUGAUCUGUGAGCAGGCUUACAUAAAAGUAUUGGUCCCAAAGGAUUACUUUGACUGGAAAAAUGUAACCCAGGAUGCUGUCCAGCUGUUUGAGGGUUCCUGCAAAGCUGCAAGAGAAGUUAAAAAUGGAGAGGAAUACUAUGCAAUCACCAUACAUCAUAAUAAUUAUUCAGACUGUGGUACUGUUGUAAUGAGUAAUGCUACACAUGUCAUGUACAUGAAUGGUGUCCAGACCAGACACAUAACUGGAGUUAUCACCAGACUUCCUUCCGAGUCAAUUGACUUCACUUGUGUAUACACUCGUGAAAGAAUAGUGCGACUUGAAUUCCCAAUACAGCCGAAAACAACGAUUGCAGUGUUACAUGUGCAGGAAGGAACAGUCACUGUAUCAAUGGCCUUGUACAAGAGCUCAAAGUAUGAAAAUGCUUAUAUGGAAUUACCAGUUCUUCCAUGGAUGGAGAGGUUGUAUAUCAGUGUGAAAAUUGAACCAGGAGAAAAUAACUUUUUUGAUUUAACUAUCAACGAUUGCUGGGCCACACCAACCCAAAAUCCAGAUGACUUGCCCCAGUAUUACCUGAUUAAGAAGGGGUGCCCUGUUGAUGACACUGUACAGUAUCACAAUCCAAUAGGAAAUGAGACUAUGGCAAACUUCAGUGUGCAGAUGUUUAGAUUUGUGAAAUAUCCAGUUCUAUUCCUACAUUGCAAGACUGAAAUUUGUGCAGCCAACAGCCUGGAGCCUUGCAUGAUUGACUGUGCCAGCCUACCAUCCCUGAAAGCAAAGAGAGAUACUAAUACACAAUAUGAAGGGUUAUUAACCUAUGGACCUAUUCGUUGGACUUUCUCUGGGACAAAUGUAUACCAAGUUGGCAAACCUAACUUGAUGCUUGCAACUGUUCCUGGCAUUGCUGUGAUAACUGCCAUGGUGUUUCUUGUCCUUGCAAUUACUUUAGCUAAAGUAAUGAGAAAGUAACACUAGCUGAAAUCAAAUGUAAAGAACAAAAAUAAAGUAGACAAUAUGCAUUACACUGUAUAAGAAA